AUGGAAGAGGAGGAGGGGCAGGAAGAGGAGGGACAAAGGCGGAUCAAGGACAGCAGAAGGGUUCACGCAGUCGAGCCGUCCCUGAAUUCGCAGCCCCCACAGGAGCUGAGGAUGGAGAGCAGGGAGGACAAAUCCCCAUGGCAGAACCUCGUGGAAGAGGCUGUUUUGAGCGGCUCCAUGGCACAGGAACCCAACGGGGAGGAAAAGCCCCGGAGAUGCCGCACGAGGAGGGGCUGCAAACGCAGAUCACGGGGAUCUGAGGAGGAAAGACCCACCCUGGGCUGGGGAGGCGGCCGGAGAUGGAGCCAGAGCUCGGAGCUGGUGAUCCCUGAGCAGCUCCAGGAUGGGGAGAAGCCCCACAAGUGCUCAGAGUGUGGGAAGAGCUUCAGGUACAGCUCCCAGCUGAUCGUGCACCAGAGGAUCCACACUGGGGAACGGCCCUACGAGUGUUCUGAGUGUGGGAAGGGGUUUAAGACCAGCUCCGAUCUCCUCCUGCACUACCGGAGUCACACAGAGGAGAGGCCCUUCUGCUGCCCCGACUGUGGGAAGGGAUUCAAGCAGAAGUCAAACCUCGUCAGUCACCAGAGGACCCACACUGGGGAGAGGCCCUACAAGUGUGAGAAGUGUGGAAAGAGAUUCACUCUGAGCUCCAGCCUGAUCCAGCACCAGGUGCGCCACACUGGGGAGAGGCCCUACGAGUGUUCCAAGUGUGGGAAGAGGUUUCAGACCAGCUCCGAUCUCCUCAAGCACUAUCUGGUUCACACGGAGGAGAGGCCCUUCUGCUGCCCUGACUGUGGGAAGGGAUUCAGGCAGAAGUCCCACCUCAUCACCCACCAGCGCAUCCACACUGGGGAGAGGCCCUACGAGUGUCCCCAGUGUGGGAAGAGCUUCUCACAGAGCUCUACCUUGACCCAACACCAACGGAGGCACUGGUAAGGGAAGCCCUGUGAGUGCCCCGAGUGCGGGAAGAGCUUUGUGUGCUGCUUCAGCUCCAUCCCCCACUGCAGGACCCAGGUUGGGCACAGCCCUGGUGACCCACAUUCCCUGUGAUCCUUGUUGGGGACAAUAUUCUGGAGGAUAGAUGUGUGUUCUGGAGGUAUUUUGGGCAGUGUACUCCAUCUCUUUGCCCUCCCAAAGCCAAGAGGGUCACCUCAAAACAACUCAACCCCACUGAAAACAACUCAAUUUUAAUUCAUAUGGGCUCAAUCCCUCCUCAAAAUGGCUUGUCCCCACCUAAAAAAAACUCAAUCCCACGCCAAACUCACUUGAUUCCACAGCCGCCAGGUUGAGAUGGGGUUGGAAGGAGAUUGGGAGAAGUGGGAUCCCAGUUUGGAGCGGUGGGAUGGGGAUUGUGUGGAGCUGGGUGGCUGGGAUGUAUUUGAUAGUUGUCGUGGUUUGACAUGGAAGUGAAUUUUUUCCAGGAAGUUGGGUCAAACCAAUCAGUGGUCAGGUUUGGAUAUUGGCACCUGGAGUGACCACUGAAAGUAUGGACACGCCUCUGAGAACACAGGGGGUUAAAAGCAAGAACUCCCAGGAGAACUCUCUCUUUUAGUUCCAGUCGUCAGAGAGUGCAGACUCUCCCCCGCCCAGCCUUAGGCUGGGUGAGGGAGGGGAAGCCACGCGGCCUUGUCCAGGUAGGCCGAGGGGCUGAGGGUCUGGAACCCAGCCAGCUCCUGGACGGAAGGGUGGAGAGGAGCGGAGAUGCCUUUGUCCCCCCCCCCCCAAGAGGGAAGGAGACAGAGAGCCUGGCGGCACCUGGAAAUCUGCCGGCAGAGGAGAAGGAGAAGGAGAAGGGGGGGGAUGGUGCCCAGCGUGGGAGACAGAACGCUGGACCGAGAUAUCAGCCGUCCAGGGAGUCUGAACUUUUAACCCUUUCCAGGAAAUGAGGGCUUUUUAAAAGUAUUACUCCUCCUUGAUUUGUAGUGGAAGAGAGAUAGUCCGGGACCUGAGAUGUUAGAAGAAGAAAUAUUUAGGUGGGAGGAGAUGAUGAAGUAGCUUUUGACUGGACUCUUCUUGUUAGCCAUGGACUGAACCAAAAUCUCCUGCAAUAGAGACUGCAUUUUAGGGGGAUGCGGUGGUGACCCAGGGAGACCUGUUUCAGCUUCUAACAGCACAGGGAUGGCAAGAACAGAAGAAAGCUGAGGAGGGAAUGGUGAUGCCCUCUGUCUUCGGGAAGAAGAUGAGUCCUGUUUUUGGACCCCUCGGCCCCAGGGGAAAAUGGAGGGGACUGUAGUCCCAGGAUGAGAAACUGAACUGUUGUAUCUUUGGGUCCGUGGCAAAGCAUCCUUAAAGGAGCCCUACGAGCAGUCUGUCCAUGCACGGUGGUGAGAGCACUGUGACAUGGAAAGGAGAGUGUCACACUGGCAGAUUUUCUCCGGGCGGUUGCCAUGUGUGACAGGGAAACACAGGGUGGCAGCUGUGUUUCCUGGGGGGGCUGUGGUGCAAGAGAGACUUCUCUCUCCCUUGAUAGUUUAAGCAUAGAUUACCUGAAGGGUGGUAAUUUGAUCAAGAAUCCCGGGUGAUGUUUCAUGGCUGGGUGUUUUUGGAAUUGGGAGGAGGAGGGGUGGUUUUAAAAGGUCUUCAUCCUGGAUUUAGUUUAUGUGUUUUCUGUAUUAGUAGUAGUUUAAUAAAGUUUUUUCCUUUGUUAUUAA